AUGGCACUCAUCGAAACCAAGGCUCGCCCACGUUGGACACACGAACCGCAGGUAUCUAUGCAGGAGGGCGCGCAAAUUGUGGCGCUCCUGAAAGACAGGAAGCCACCAGCCGGAGAACCAGUCUUCCUCAUCUCACAGGAUGGUCCCGAGCUAUAUAUAAGCACAGCGACUCCUUCAGCAGCCUACCUGGCGUACAUCAAGAAUCAGUCUUCCAGCCUUCACGGAGAAAACUUCCUGCAGAUCCAUAAAUACGGGCCGUACGACAUCAGAGAGGACAUGAAGAUGCACGCAUUCUCAUGCCUUGCCCUGAGCAUCGUUCUGAAGGCCACCAGUUAG